CGGGCACAAAUGCAAGGUGGGGUACCAAACAGCAGACAGCUCGUUUUGUCUUAAUCAUUACUUUGGUUCAAGUUUUUUUCCCCUUAAAAAAUAGCUUUAAAUGAGAAAAACUACGUUCGCCUCUAACAAUGCAAUAUGGAUGAACUGGACUUGAACACAUAAUAAAGAAAGUGAAAGAAGCUGGGGAAAAGUGAAAAAUUCUUGUGGACACUUGUCACGAAUAUAUUUUUUUGUCAACAUGUCAUCUCCCUCCAAGAAUGAGAGAACGGUUUGUGUUCUCCUUCCCAACAAAAGCCAGCUGGAUGUCACUAUUGGGUUAAAGUCUACAGGACAGGAGGUUUUAAACCAAGUUGGGGAGCUUCUUGGAAUUAAAGAGCUUGACUACUUUGGCCUCACUGUGCUGAGAGAUAACGAACACAUAUUUUUAGACAUGGAAGAAAAACUGAUCAAGUACUUUUCUAAGGAGUGGAGGCAAGAUUCUGGAAAGGGUUCACUAAAGAGACCGUUUCCUUUUCUUCUCUGCCUUAAAGUGCAGUACUAUGUUGAAAAUGGAAGACUAUUUAGUGAGAGAAAGGCGCGGCAUCUCUACUACUCUGACCUGCGGGAGCGAGUCCUGCGCUCUGAGUGUCGUCAGCAGGAGGAGGUGUACUUUCAGCUGGCAGGUUACGCUCUGCAGGCUGACCUCGGUGACUGCCCGAUGCAGAGGGAGGGUAUGGAGGUCGCUGCAUAUUUUGAACCCAAGAACUACUUUCCUCCAUGGAUUAUAGCUAAGCGUGGAGUCAAGUACCUUCUCUGCCACGGGCCCAAGGUUCACCAGGAGCUAUGGGGCAUGUCCACUCGUGAUGCCAUCUUCUGCUUCAUCAGAGACUCGUGCCAACUAGAGGAUGUGCCUGUCAUAUUCUACAGGCUCCAAAAGGACAAAAAGGAGGAGAGAGGAACCGCGCUGCUUGGUCUCACCCUGCGAGGAAUGCAGGUUUAUCAAGAGGUGAACAACAUACGACAGCUGCUGUAUGACUUCCCUUGGUCAAAUGUCGGCCGUCUAACUUUCCUGGGAAAGAAAUUUGAGAUCCAGCCAGAUGGAUUGCCAUCAGCCAGGAAGCUGGUUUACUACACCGGCUCGUCGUUCCGUUCUCGACACCUCCUCUUGCACCUGAGCAGCAGCCAUCAGGUCUACCUCACCCUGCAGCCGGCUCUCAAGCACCUGCGACAGCUGGAGGAAAGCAAAGAGAAGAAGCGCUACAGAGAGUCCUACAUAAGUGAUGACCUUGAUAUGGACCCACCGGGCAGUGAAAGCAGCCCUGGUCUGUCUCGACGCUCCACCGGCAGCUCGGGUAUUGAAGCAGAUGCCCGCCAGCACAGCAUCUGCACAGAGGUGACCUCCAUGGGCGAAGAUGGUCCACAGCACGUAGAGAAGUGUUUGAGCUCAACUACCAGCCACUACAGCUCCAUGACCUCGGAGUCUGACACGGACAGUAAGGAACAAAGAGAUGAGCAGCGGGGUCAACAGGAGGGAGAGAUCAAGCCCAGUGCUGGUAUUCCAGAGGAACUUCUUGUGGAUGAUUCUUACGAAAUGUUCCAGUUGGCCGAUCUUCUCGAAGGAGUGUCUGUGGAUUUUCCAAAACGUUCUGCUAAGACUCCAUCAGCAGACAACCAAAGGCACCCGCCACAUGCUGUUCAGGAUGCUAUAUUGCCAAACAACAAAAAGGUAAAACAGAAGUCCAGACCACACACUUCUACAGAUAACCACAGCCACAGCCUAGACGAUGUCCGUCAUUGUCACCCUUCUGCACCCAUUGGGAUGGCCUGGCCAACUGAACCGGCCCUAAGCUACACCUUUGGGCUCCCAGACGUCCCACCAAACACAAGGACUUUGCUAGAUCCCAGUUAUUACCCUGAUCUGCACUGCCGAGCCAAGCCCUCCUUCUCUGGCCAAAGGUCUGCUAACCGCCUGGACACUUUGAGCGAUGAACAGUAUGUGGAAGUUAUACUCUGAGAGCCCCGCUAAACAAAACAUCCAAAAGGUUUCCUUUAUUUAGAGGCAGCAAAACAUGAAGCAUUCAAUCUACUGUAAGUCUGUUUAGUGUCGCAAGGAUUUUUUUUUAUUGGUGGGAAAUUAUGGCAAUUCUAUUUUAAAGCUGUAACUCCAACGAUGGAAACUAAAAUGGUGACAUUUCUGCAAAUUAAAUGACCAUAUUUAUUUGUACUGUAUAUUUUGUAGAUAUUGCCCUUGUUUUAUGAGCAUACAUUUAAAUUCCACUGAUUAAAAAGAUAUAUUUUUUUUAUUGUCUUUUGUAAAGACCACCAAAUGAACUUUUUUUUCUUUAAAAACAAUCAGUUUUUUUUUUGUUUUGUUUUUUUACGAUGUGUAAUUCUGUAUGUUUUUUUCCUUUUUAUAAUUUCUUUAAACCUAAUCCAUGUAUUCCAGUUAUACAUUUAACACUAGUGGGAUGUAACUCACUCUCAUGGCUUGUGGUCUAUUAUUGUAGUCGAAUUUUAUAUUAUUUUUGUAACUUGUAUUUUUGUAUCCUUUUAUAAUGUUUUGCUUUUUAUGUGAUUUUUGUCAUGAUUUUAAUCUUCCACAACUAUUAUCUACUGCUGUGGGGGAAAAAAUUAAAUUUCACAGAUAGCAGUUCAUUCGUCCAAAGUCUCUCCAGGCUACACUGUUCUCUCUGUCUGCUGUAAUUAUAAGACAAAUGUAUUAUUUGUUAAGCCGAUUUCUGUAACCAGUAAGUUUGCGAUAGAUCUGCAGCAUUAUUGAGUUAAAUACCUUCCCGCCCCCUGAAAGACAAAAAAGCCUUUGUCAAUUUUUUUUCCCUCUGUACCAUGGCACAGCAUUGGUUAUUUGUACAAAGUGAAGUGCUUAGCUAAUAUGAGCCACUUAAAAAUAUUUACCUAUUAAAUACACAGGUUAACUCAAAGCCAAAUGUUGAUGGAAAACUGUUUUAAAUUCCAACAUUUUAUGCCUUACGUUGUUAAAAGCACUGCUUUUAUUUUUGGAUAUAUUUGAAA